AUGGAGCUCGAGGCCCUGGCGCGGCAGGUGCCGGACCUGCAGCGCUGGGGGAGGAGGCUGGAGGAGGAGCUGCGGACCUACAGGGCAGAAGGGGGCCAGGUCCGGACACCUCCACGAGCCAGCCCAGAGCCAGGAGACAAGAGUGAUAAACCGGAGGACAGUGGGACCCAAGACCCAGAUGCCACUCUGGAGGGAGCCGGACAGUCAGGCAGCAGCUGGGGGAGCAGAGCCCUGGAUGAAGAGGACGAGCAGUUAUUCCGCUCUGUGGAGGGCCAGGCUGCCUCUGAUGAAGAGGAAGAAGAACAGAAGUGGCGGGAGGUGGAGAGGCCGGCGCCCCAGGCUGAGGCAGGGCCCUUGGGCUGCUGGAGCAGGUGCGACGACCAGACGGCAAGAAAGCUGCUGAUGUACUUGGACCGCUAUGGUGGUGAGCACACUUGCACCCCCGGAGAGCUGGAGACCCAUGUCGCCAAGCUGCUGGAGCAGCUGGACAUCCAGGGCUGCGAUGGGAAGAGCCUGGAACCACGCGUGGAGGAGACAGAACUGCAGCAGAAGGUGGCUGAGAACGAGAACCUGCGGCUGGAGCUGCAGAUGGUGGAGACGGAGCGGGUGCGGCUGUCGCUACUGGAGGAGAAACUGGUAGAUGUCCUGCAGCUCCUGCAGAGCCUCCGAGACCUGAACAUAUCGAAGAGAGCCCUGGGGAAGAUUUUGCUCAGCACACUGGACGCUUUCGAGGACCCUGCCCAGGAGGGGAGAUCGGGCCCCCUGGCCAUCCUGGAUGCCCUGCACCAAGCCUUGGCUGGCUGUGAGCUUCUGCAGACACAGCCCUCGGGUCCCGGCUCCACAGCCCCUGCACUCGCCAACCCGCUCCUCAUCUCCUGCUGAGGUCGCUGCCCCUGCCCAACCCGCCAUGCGGCAGCCUCCUAUCUUUCCGAUCACUGUCAGAUUGCCUUCCCCAGCCAGCCUGACCUCCACCAUCAGAACACGCAGACUGGGCUCUGGCAGCCACCCUUCCUUGAGCUCCUGUGGCCCCUGCUUCCUCCCUCAGGCUCCAUUAGAGCCCUGCUGUUGCUGGAUCAACCUGCACCUGAUGCUGUCUCCCUUGCCUUGGAGCAGAGUGACCACUUUCUUGCCUAGUGCACUGUCCCCCCGCUACCACAGUGCUGCAAGGGAUCCUGGUCCCGACCUUCAGGACACUUCUGGUCCAUUCGAAACUCCUCCUGCCCCAGGAAAUGCUGAAAACUAAGAGGGACUGGGGGACUAAAAGGAGCCAUCACUAUAAGCUUCCUGGUGGAAGCUGGUGCUGAAUUCAUUCUAGAAAACAGGUAGGAUUUGGAUGGCCAAGGCGGGAAGGGCAUUGUGGAAGAAGCAAGAGCAAAGAUAUGGAGUGAGCAGGGGCCCCGCUGAUACAGUCCCCGGAGCCCUCCUUCCUACACCAGGUACUGGCAGGGCCCUCGUGGGGUCACAGGAAGAUUAAGACAAGGUGCCUGGUCUCACCUAGCUGGAAAUCAUGCAGGAGAGAAAGGCACAUUAGAUACAGGUACACUGUGGGUAAAACUAGCACCAAAUUGAGGCAAAAUAAAGAAUUUCAAGAACUCAGCCAAGAAGGGGGGUUAUGUGAGCCAUGGAGGGAACAGUGUACAGCACAGGGGUGACAGCAGGGGUGGGAGGCGCCUGGUCUGCUCGGUCUGAGCUGGCAGAAAGGGCCAGGCAUGGGGCCUUCAUGGCAGAUAAAGAUCGAAGACUUGAUCUCACAGGCAAUAGGGAGCCACAGGAAGUUUCAAAGCUGCAAGUGAGCAUGGACUAGAGGCAGGGAGAGGACUGAAGAAGGGGCAGCAGAGGGUUGUAGGAAUAAGGGAGAGCCACUGGGGUCUUGAGCCAGAGUCACAGGGGCUGGGUGGUGGGGAGGAGCCAAAGGGCAGCCCAGGUGGAGAGGCUGGAGAGCAGCUGGCAUUGCUGGGCAGGAGCAGCAGGGGAGAGGGGAGGGAGGGGCUCGAAGGUCACCUGUUAGGCCCUGCCCCUUGGACACCACAAGAGGCACCAGGGAGCAGCUGUGAACUCCUAAGAAGGGAAAGGAAGACUGCUUUGUGUUCAGAUGGUUCCUUUGGAAACGGAAUAAGAGGGAGCCCAGCCAGGAGCCAGCUCACAGGGGCCACCUCUGGUGCAGAUGGAUGGUUCUAUUUGGGAGGGGGCUCCAGGACGCCUCAGGGUCUAUCAGGCCCCACUCCUUCAGCUGUGCUGCACACACAAGCCCCGUGUGGGCCCCUGCUCAGUCAGAGGGAGCUGCUGGUGUCCUGCUCAGGCUUGUGGCUCCAGGCGCCUCCAUGUGUACUCAGGUGUGUGAGGUAAAGCCUACAGGGAGAUCCAAGCAGAGGGGAUGCCACACCUCAGUGGGUUCACCUUCAAGAACUGCUGUGUUCUCAUCCAGAAGACUGAAGAAAAAGCCCUGGCCUCUGGCAGGCAGACAGCAGGAAAUGCAGCCAGUAUGAAAAACACCAGAACAUUCUGGUUUUUCUUUUCUUUUUCUUUUGCAAUCCUGGGGACCAAACCCAGCACUUGAUGGGUGCUGAUGAAACUCCCUAUCACUGAGCUACACCCCAGCUCUAUUCUGGAAUUUGGGGCCUAUUCUCCAGAGGAACUAUUUUACCAGAGCCUAACCUCAAGAGAUUUUAGUAGAGCCUAACAAACCCGAGGGAAAAGGAAUACCUACGUCUAGGUCCCUUGAGCCAUCCUGUCCCACCGGAGGGUGAGAAAACAAGAUGUUCACAGCCCAGGGCACAGUUUCACUGAGAGACCGAGCACUAAUCAUAGUACUAUAUUUUACUGAUUGAUGUUUUGUUGUGAGUGGUGAUGAUGAUGAUGAUGAUGAUGAUGAUGAUGAUGAUGAUGAAAUGGGUCUUGAUAUUUUGUCCACUGGUCUCCAACUCCUGGGCUGAAGCAGUGCUCCUGCCUCAGCCUCCUGAGUAGUCAAGACUAUAGGUGUACACCACAGUGCCCAGCUAAUUAUAGUACUAGAGAACACUUCCCUUCCUGCUCAGUACAUCCCUUACCACCUAUCACUAAAGGCUUAUUUACUGGAGUUUCUUUUACUCAGCGUAUCAUGUCUGUCUUUUAGAAAACUACAAGACAUACUAAAAGGCAAAAAAGCACACUUUAAAGAAGCAGAGUAAACAUCAGAACCAGACCCAGCUAUAGUAGAGAUACUAAAAUUAUCAGAGUGGGAAUUUAAAACCACUUUAAUGGUUUUUAGUGAGAAAAGCAGACAGCUUGCAAGAACAGAUAGAUAAUAAAGGCAGGGAGAUGGCUGUUCUAAGAAAAAACCAAAAGGAAAUGCUAGAAGACAAAACCACAGAAGUAAAGCAUGUAUCUGAUGGGUUCAUUAGUAGAGUGGACAUGGUGAGGAAAGAAUAUCUGAGCUCGAGGCUGUAUUGCUAGAGAACUGAAACUGAAAAGCAAAGAGGAAAAAGACCAGGAUGGAGUGAGUGGGGGACAGAACAUCUAAGAACUGGGUGGGGGGCAACAAAUGUCACUUAACAUGUAACAGAACAUCAGAAAGAGAAGAAAAAGAGAAAGUAACACACUAUUUAAGAACGACAAGAACCUAGAUAGAAUUCUCCCCAAAAGUCAGAUCCCAGGCUGCAGAUGCAAGAAACUCAGAAAACACAAGUGAAAUAAAUAAAUUUAAAAAGUACACCUUGGCAUAUUAUAUUUCAACUGCAAACAAACAAACAAAAAAGAUUAAAAACAAAUCUUGAUAGAAGCCACGGGAAAAAUAGCACCUUACCUAACAGAGGAAAAAUGGUAAGACUUACACCUGACUUUUCAAGAGAUCAUGCAAGAUGCAAGCAAGAAGAGUAGAGUGAAAUAUUUAAAGUGGGGAUGAGGAAGGAGAAAAGCCCCCAAAUUCAUCGUAUCUUUCAAAACUUUAAGGGGAAAUAAACGCUUGUUCAAGAAAUAGAAAUUUAGAGACUAUUUCCAGGAUACCUGGCUUUCAAGAAAUGUUAAAGGAAGUUCUUCUGAGAGAAGGAAAAUUAUGCAGGCCAAAAGUUGCAUCUAUACAAAGAAGAAAGAGCGCUAGAGGAGAUAUAUUAGUUGCUUUGGCAUUGUGGGGACAAACUAUCUUAUGCCCUACAAUUUAAGGAGGAGAGAUUUAUUUUUCACUCAUUCAUUCACUCAUUGUGAGACAGGGUCUCACUGUGUAGGUCAGGCUGGCCUUGAACUCACUAUGUAGCCCAGGCUGGCCUCAAAAUAGUAGCAAUUCUCUGGCUGCCACCUCCCAUAUGUUGGGACUAUUGGCAUGUGCCACCACACCUUGCCAAAGAAGUUUCUUUUGGCCCACAGUUCUGAGAUAGAAGAAACCAUCAGACUCCUGCUGACAUCCAGGAGGGUAUGUUCUGACUGACAGCUGUCACCUCACUCCCUCUGAGGCCUGAGGGAAGACUGGGUUGUCUUCUGUCACCCUGAAGUUACUCUAAGGCCACCUUCUGGGUUGAGCAGACAGGUGGCCCAGCUCAGCUGACAGUCCCAGCACCCCUCCCCAGCUCCCAUGCUCUAAGGAGCUGCUAGGAACCAACCUUGACAAGAUGGAGAUUGAGGUAGAACUGGGUCCCUAAAUCCCCAAACCCUAAUGGGCCAUGACCAACACAGCCAACCCUCCUGGAGACUCCUGGCAAACAGUGGCAGUCACAAUCUCAACUUCACCCUUUUCUCAGGGAAGUAGCAGCUGUCAAUCAAGCAAGCAUUUCUGCUAUUUCAUGGAGCUGUUGCCUUGAUAUCUGGGUUGUCCUGGAUGCCCUGUGUCUACUCUAAAUGUCUGCCUUGACUACUACAGAAGGCUUUAAUUUGGGUCAAUCACAGAUGACACUGUGGCAGAUUGAAUUUGGGUCAUUCACAGGCCUGGGAAAUGUACAAAACAUGGGCAUAGGCUGCUGCUGCUGCUCUAUGUUAGCAGCCCUUCCCUAACACUCCUCAGAUUAGUCUAGCAGUCUCCCUCCAGUGUACUGAUCACCCCGUAGUACAGCACAGGCCUUGUCUAAAUAAAGCUUUGUCUCAGUGGUCCUGGAAAAAUCUGCUUGAAAUUCUUAUCCUGGGCAAAGUGGAUAGAUCAUGUCACUUUAAGAAGAGCUAUAGGGCUGGGGAUUUAGCUCAGUGGUUCCACCGCCUGCCUCGCAAGCACAAGGUCCUGAGUUUGAUCCCCAGUACCAGCUCCAAAGACUGAUAGCAUUAACCAGUGGCAACAACUGGAAGAGACCAGCAGCAAAGAGAGACAGAGACCUGCAGAGACCCCAGAGGCACUGGAAGCUGCUGGAGCUCUAGAGAGCUGCCUUAUCUUCCAAGGAGCUGAUGUAGUAGCUAAAAAAAUCUGCUAAGAGCUGUAACACUAGGGACUGGGGCUCCUGACACUCAGGGCCUAGAGCUAUAAUAUUCAGGAUUAAACGCCACUGGCAUUCAAACCCAGGAGCCACUAGUGGAACUGUAGUUUGCUUAUUUGUGAUUUUCAUCCAAAUUGAGCAAAAGAACCCUCCACUGAUUGGCAGCAGUUUCAGAGGGUUCAGUCCAAGGUGGAAAUAACAUGUGAAAGGGUCUGGGAGAGGAAAACUGCUCACCCCAUGGCAUCCAGGAAGCAGAGCAGGGAGGCGCGAAGAACAAGAUCCACCCUUUCAGGUCAUUCUCCCCCAGUGACCUCUAACCAGGCCCCACCUCCUCACAGCACCUUCAGAGAUGAACUCAUCGGUGGAUGAAUCCACUACCAAGUACAACACGCCCAUCAUCCAAUCGCCUUCCAAAAGCUCCACCUCUAAAAACAAGACUGUGGGAUAUUUUAAAUGUAAACCAUAGCAGGAGGAAUAACUGAAGAUAAAGUCAAAACUUUUAUUUUUCUUAUUCUUUCUUGGUCUAACAUAUAAUAGCUUGUUCAAAAUAAUAGCAAUAAUGCAUGCAAUGAUUAUAGUUCAUAUAAGUGAGAAGAAUGACAACAACAUGGGGAUAAGAGAAGGAA